UCAAAAUUUUUAAUUUUAGCAUCAUUUACAGCAACAUAACCAUUGCUUCUAUGUAGAAAUGGAAGGAAAAGAAGAUUCUAAGGCACCUGAGAGACUGGUUGAAUCCACAGAUAAAAAUCUAACCUCAGUUUUCACUGGUGAAAAAGCAGAAGAAUCCAAAGAAGUAGGGCUAAGUGAAUCUCCCAAAAGAAAGGUGAGCCCAGUGACAGUGGAGAAAUGUAACACUGUUGACCCAGUUUCCAUCCAUGACCAUGAUACAGAAGGAGUUAGUCUUCUGUUAGGUAUGAGAGAUAGCAUCAUAGCCAGUGAAGAAAAGGCAAGCCUUGAGAAAAACAGACUGAAGAGAGGGAGAGAUCCACUUACUGAGCACGAGUAUGUGUCCUUAACAAAACAAGUGAAGACUGUGUCUGACACAGAGGGGGCCUCCAGCAGUGCUGAGGACACCGACCAGGAAGACAAGUCAGCCAGUCAGGAAGUCAGUCCAGCCAAUCAGGAAGUAAACUGUGUCAUCGACCAUGUGGAGGAGUUAACCAAUGAGGAGGAGGAGGAGGAGGUGGCUGAGGUAGUGAGGACGGAGGAAGUGACCACCGUGGACGAGGACAGCCAUGAGCCCGUGUACAAGUGUGCAUUCUGUGAUCAGUUUCACACCAAGUCCGAGUUAAAGAAGCACAUUCAGAAACACGUAGGUGACAGGCCAUACCACUGUGACCACUGCUCCAAGACAUUCAGUGGGAGGGGACCUCUUCAGAGUCACCUCCGGAUUCACAACCGACCUUCCACGGUCAAAUGCUCAGUUUGUCACGAGGCCGUGAGGGACAAGACAGCCUUGUCUGCUCACAUGAAGAUCCACAUUACAAAUCCGGCCUACAAAUGCUGGUUUUGUAGUCAGACCUUUGUUAAGAAUGAACAUCUACAAAAUCACCUUAGGAUUCAUGCAGGUGAGAAACCUUACAAGUGUGAAGAAUGUGGAAAGUCCUUUAGUUAUUCCUCCAACUACAAGGUUCACAUUCGCCUCCACACGGGGGACCGCCCUUACAAAUGUGGGGUGUGUAAUGAAACUUUCCGACAACUUCACUCCCUAAAGGCACACCAAAGUAAACAUACAGGGCAAAAACCGUUUAGAUGUGGCAUUUGUGACAAGCAGUUCCUCCACAAACGAAGUCUUCAGUUUCACCUCCGUAUUCACUCGGCUGAUUGUGAAGUGGAGCGAAUGCAUGCUGAGGAUAUUCCUGGUCGAUGUGAUGCUUGUAAAACACUAUUUACAGCAAAAAUGGAUCUCCUUCGGCGGGUAAAGAUAACUUCAGGGGAUCGCCCCUAUGGCUGUCGUGAGUGUGGCGAGUGCUUCCUUGAGGCAGAUGACCUUAAAUCUCACUUCAGGAAACAUGCUAAAGAGAGCACACGAGGAUGUCUGAUUUGUGGGAAGGGGGACGAAGGAGCCCCACCUAAAAAUGCUUACAUGGACAUUCAUAAACACAUGAAGACUAUGAGACUUCAGCUUAGGGGAUUCAAACGAGAGGUUUCUCUCAUGAAGAAGGAGAUAGCUCUGUUGAAGAAAUCAGAAAUCGACUCAGACGAAAUCUGUGAAGAGGAAUGUGUGUCACCGGAAAUCAAAUUUGAGGAAGAGGAAGAACCAGAAGAAAAGUUAGACCACCAGAUGGUAUCUCAUGAAGAAGUGGUGCACUAAUUUAAGGUGGUGCACUGAUCUAUAAGUGGUGCCACAUGAGGGACAUCUAAUUUAAGGUGGUGCACUGAUCUAUAAGUGGUGUCACAUGAGGGACAUCUAAUUUAAGGUGGUGCACUGAUCUAUAAGUGGUGUCACAUGAGGGACAUCUAAUAUAAGGUGUUGCACUGAUCUAUAAGUGGUGCCACAUGAGGGACAUCUAAUUUAAGGUGGUGCACUGAUCUAUAAGUGGUGUCACAUGAGGGACAUCUAAUUUAAGGUGGUACACUGAUCUAUAUGUGGUGUCACAUGAGGGACAUUUAAUUUUAAAGUACAAGUAGUGUCCUGUGUGAAGAUGGUGCACUAACUUUCAUAUAAUAUUGUAAGUGAGUGAUGACAUUGAAAUGUAAUGCACUAACUUAAUGGUGACAUUUAAAUGUGGUGCACUGAAUUUUAAGUGAUGCCACAUGUGAAGAUGAUGCACCACCUUAAGUGGUUCCACAUUUGAAUGUGGUGCCCUUUAUUAAGUUAGCUAUUUGUAUAUAUAUUGCUAGUUAUAAUUGAUUGACCUUUGCAUUGCUUGUUUUAAGACAUGCAAAAGAUAUUUACUCCUUGUGAACAAAUUGAAUAGAAUAGAAAGGUUACAGGUUAACAUAUUUAAUAAAGCACUUUCUGUUGUAAUGCAUCAUAAAUAUGCUACUAUCCUUUUUAAAUUAAUACUAAAUUAAUACUGCUUUUGUCAUUUCUGGUACAUUUAAAGAAGACCCUCAGAAGGGGUGUUCAUAUAUUUAUAUUUAUACACAGGUAUGUAUCUCCAGUUGCAGAGUACAAUAUACUUGUAUGAUGUUCUUAUAUUUGAACAUGAGAUUCAUUUGAUGUUAUUAACUAAUAUCUUCAUAUUCAAUGUAGUUUUAAAGAAGAAAAGAAAAACAAACCUUAUAAUUUUUAAAAGUGUCAAAAUUUUAAGAAAAUCAUCAUUAUGAAUGAACCAAACCAGAAAAAAUAUACAUGUCCUAAAUGUUUUUUUUAAAUAUUCUUUAUGAGACAGUAUAUGAUUUUUAUCUAAAGAAAUUUCACUAUAGAGUAUACUAAUCAUGUAUGAUCGCUAAGGAUGAAUUUAUGAAAGGUUUUAAACGAAAUUAAAUUCAAAUACAUGUAGUUGAAAUAUUUGUAUGUACCUGGUACUGGAAAUAUUUGUAUGUACCUGGUACUGGAAAUAUUUUGCUCAUUUUCCUUUGUUGAUUUGCAGUUGCAUGACAGAAUUAUUUACCAGGUAUUGUAUAUCUAAACCACUGAGUUGUUCUUGACAUUGUUGAUGGAAUAUUAACUUUGAUGCUACUGAAAUAAAUUCUGUGACUUUAA